AUGGACCCCAGCACUCCGCAAGCCGAGCUGCUCCUCGCCCAGGACCGGCCACCCUCCGCCCAGCACAGCCGGCACCGCUCCGGCAGCCAUCUCAAGCAGCCCCGGCCAUUCGACCCCUCGCCCAGGCCGAACGCCGCCCUUCCGCCCCGCCCAGCCCCGCGGGUCCGAUGGGCCCCACUCAGCCGGCUCCUCGCGAACCCAUUCCAGCGCACCCAGCGGACGCCCUUCCUACCGCUCAGCGGCGCCAGUGCCCCGCCCGGCUCGCUCGGCCGCGCGUCGUCCCGGUCCAACCAGCUCGCCAUCGGCUUCGUCCUCCUCCUCGCCGGGAUCUCGAGCUACCUCCUGCUCGUCUCCCUGCUCGACCAGCCCAGCCUGCUCCAGCUCGACCCGACCAUCGACCCCACAACACUCCUGCUCCGGCCCCCCGGCGACCCACGCACGCCUGCCGAGCCCGCCCAGCAGAGCCCGGCCUCCGUCGCCCUCAGCCAGAGCCUCCUCGAGCGUGAGCGCGGCUUCUAUCUGCGCAUGCAGCAUGCCAUCCAUCCCAACAUCACCAGCCUCAACUCCUCCUCACUCCUCCGGGCACUCCAAUUCGCCCACAAACAUCUGGCCCAACAGGCCGACGAGAAGCACAAGCCUGAUGAUCAGAAAUGGUACGUGCCCGACCAGGCCCUCAUCCAGAACCGGCCUGCCGCCCGCUUCCACUGUCUCCCCAGCUCGCCCACCCUCAUCUUCCUCGGCAUCUUCACCACCCCCUCAUCAUUCGAGAAACGAAACCUGAUCCGGACUCUCAUCAAGUCCGACCUCCCCUCCAACGGACUGAUCGAACUCAAGUUCAUCUCCGGCGAGCCCCAGAACGAGAACUGGAUGGAGCUCAUCAAGGCCGAACAGGCCCUCCAUCACGACAUCGUCAUCAUGAAAGACCUCGAGGAUAACAUCGAUCUCGGCAAGACCUACCACUUCUUCAAGUGGAUCACCGAGAGAGAGAACAGGCGCCAGGAUCACGAUCGUCUCGUGCCUUCGCUCGAUUCCCUACCUCCAUCCGAACGCUCUCGGGAGGAACUCGGCCUCAAUGGCUGGCCUGAACUGUCCCAUGACUCUUCCAUCGACGACCGAGACCCCAGAAAAGUGGUUUACGGCAAACCGAAAUUUGUUAUUAAAUCUGACGACGAUACCUUCUUGGUCAUACCCAAUUUGAUCAAGGCAUUCAAAGAUCUGGAUUGUCAGAAGAAUAUCUACUGGGGCACGAGUCAAGGGUCGAGCAAUCUAUUUGAUCCAUAUUUCCGCGGACUUGGGUAUGGAUUAAGCUGGCCCCUCGUCGAAUGGAUCGGAACGUCCAACAUGAGCCUGAAAUCGCAAGUCGGCAUCGAGGAUGCACGGGUGGGGGCUUGGCUGACCGAUCUGGAUCCGGCACAAGACCCGUUGGUGAGGAUCAAUGAAGGCUGGAAGAUGGCCGAUUGGAAUCAGGUCGAGAUCGACAAGGACGUGAUCGCAUUGCAUUGGCUCAAAAAAACCGAAUGGUUCCCAAUGAUUCGACUGAAAGUGCUCAAAGUCUGGGAAUCGGCCCAUCAAGCUUAUCGAUGGGAUCAUUUCCUAUAA